GCAGGGUACUCUUGUGACUUGUCGAGCAACCAUCCCCCGCCGUCAGCGCGGCCGUCGGACGAUGCUGGCCUUCGUCCUCUCAAAAUCAACAGCCUCGCCGUCUCUCGCCCGCCUCCACCUCCUCCUCCCCGCCUCUUCCUUCCACACGACCACCCCUCUCCACCUGGCACCCAUUGGCGCACCCUCUCCACUUCCACUCCCACCUCCAGCCCAAAGCCCCUCCUUCCUUUCCCCGUAUCCAUCUCCUUCGCACAACCACUACGCCACCACCCUCCGAUCCUGCGUCCUCUCCAGAGCCGUCCGGCCCGGCCGGCAGCUCCACGCCAGGCUUCUGGUCUCCGGCCUCGGCCUCGACCCCGCCCUUGUCAUCAGGCUUGUCGACCUCUACGCCUCCUGCGGCCAUGUGUCCCACGCGCGGCGCCUGUUCGACGGAAUGCCUCAGCAGCGGAACGUCUUCCUGUGGAACGUCCUCAUCCGCGCCUACGCGCGGGACGGGCCCCGCGAGGCGGCCAUCGAGAUGUACCGCGCAAUGCUGGCCUACGGCGGUGUAGAUCCGGACAACUUCACAUACCCGCCGGUGCUCAAGGCAUGUGCCGCGCUCCUGGACCUGGGCACCGGGCGGGAGGUGCACGAGCGAGUGGCAUGCACGCGGUGGGUCACGGAUGUGUUCGUGCGUGCAGGGCUCGUUGACAUGUACGCUAAGUGUGGGUGCGUGGACGAGGCUCGUGUGGUGUUCGACGUGACCACAGUGAGGGACGCCGUGCUGUGGAACUCGAUGAUCGCGGCAUGUGGGCAGAAUGGUCAACCGGCGGAGGCACUUGCUAUUUGCCGUGAUAUGGCGGCAGAAGGCGUUGGGCCAACGAUUGCUACUCUUGUCAGCGCGAUAUCUGCUGCAGCUGAUGCGGCAGCCCUGCCCAGAGGGAGGGAGCUGCAUGGGUAUGGUUGGAGGAGAGGGUUCGGGUUACAGGACAAGCUGAAGACCUCCCUUCUGGACAUGUAUGCCAAGAGCGGUUUGGUCAGGGUGGCACGUGUUGUUUUUGAGCAACUUGUGCACAGAGAUCUUAUUUCCUGGAAUUCCAUGAUCUGUGGAUAUGGGAUGCAUGGACAUGCUGAUGAAGCACUUGAACUAUUUAGCAAGAUGAGGAGUGAAGCUCAAGUGAUGCCUGACAAUAUCACAUUUGUUGGGGUUCUAUCCGCUUGUAACCACAGAGGGAUGGUAAAAGAAGCAAAAGAAUUGUUCGAUCUGAUGGUGAAUGUGUAUUCCAUCAAGCUGACAGUGCAGCAUUACACUUGCCUUGGAGAACGCCUAAGGGUAUGGGCGGCCAUGUGCCCGACCCUUGGGAGGAGCCCGCGCCCCACGUCAUCCGCUAACCGGCCGGGCGGAUGA